CAUACUCGCGUCGGAUUUGGUUACCCUGAACCUAAAAUACUCUUGAGCUGCCAAAAUCGAGCGACAAAUUUUCAAAUAAAAAGACUUUCGAGAUCCAGAUCUAUUUUCAGUUAAUCGGGGAAAUUUGAUUUUCGAUUUUUGCCCUUCCUUUAUUCUACCUCCGAAUCUCAGCAAUUGAAAGUCUGAGACCAGUAUCGAGUUAGGGUUUCUGGUUAUCGGUGCAAGCCUUGAAACCAUGGUUAAGAGAAAGCUUGUUGUUAUAUGUCAAUCGGGUGGUAAGUUUACCACAUCCAGUGAUGGUUCAUUGUCAUAUAAUGGUGGGGAGGCACAUGCUAUCACUGUAAGCAGUGAAAGUAAAUUUGAUGAAUUAAAGUUAGAGAUGGCAGAUAUGUGGAACUAUGAUCCCAAUGCCUUGACCAUGAAAUAUUUUCUCCCAAAUAACAAGAAGACACUCAUCACCAUAUCGAGCAACAAAGAUAUACAACACAUGAUUGAUUUUCAUGAAAAUUCUGCAACCGUUGAUAUAUAUGUGAUGAAAGAUGACAAUCCAACAACUGAUGUCUCACCGGCGCCAAUGCCUCGCAAUAGGUCCAGAAAGACAACUGUUUCUGAGUCUGUCACCCCUCACAGUAAUUCAAUUCCUGAUGCUUCUAUUUCUGAAGAAACUGGGCAACUCAGCACCAUGACUCCGCCACCUUCUAAUGCUGAGAGCUUUUUGCUAGUCGAUAACUUAAAUCUGGAAGUUUCUAAUGUUGGGGAUGCUGAGCAGCAGGAACUGCUCAAAAUAUGGAAGAAUGGCAUAACUGGUCUGCACCAGCAGUUCAAUAGUGUUCAUGAAUUCCGUGAAGCAUUAAGUAGAUAUUCCAUUGCUCAUGGCUUCUCAUACACUUAUAAGAAAAAUGAAGGUAGGCGUGUAACUGUUCAUUGCAAAGGUGAAGGCUGUCCUUGGAGAAUUCAUGCAUCAAGAGUGGCAACCACACAGUUAUUCCGAAUUAAAAAAAUGAUUGAAACACAUACAUGUGGAGCUGGUACUGAUGCAGCAAAUCGUCCCCAGGCAUCCAGGAAAUUGCUGGCAUCCAUUGUCAGGGAAAAGUUGCUGGAAACCCCUCAUUCUAAACCAAGAGAAAUCGCUGAAGAAAUUCGUCGGGAUUUUGGAAUUGAAUUAAGAUAUUGUCAAGCAUGGCGUGGGGUAGAGACUGCCAGGAAGGAGCUUCAAGGAUCAUGCAAAGAUUCAUACAAUCAGUUGCCCUGGUUAAGCCAGAAGAUAGUGGAGACAAAUCCAGGUAGUGUAGUCAGUCUCAAUUCAAGGGAGGACUUAAGUUUCCACCAAUUCUUUGUUGCCUUUCAUGCCUCACUCGUUGGAUUCCAGAAUGGUUGCCGCCCCCUUAUAUUCCUUGAUACUACGACUAUUAGAUCAAAGUUUCAGUCAGAGCUACUUACUGCUACAGCAUUGGACGGGAAUGAUGGAUUCUUUCCCAUUGCUUUGGCUGUAGUAGAUGUUGUGAAUGAUGCUAAUUGGCAAUGGUUCUUGAUGCAACUAAAAUCUGCACUGACAACAAUCUGCCAACCAAUAACAUUUGUGGCAGAUAGACUGAUGGGGCUAAGGCAAUCUAUUCCCUUGAUUUUUGAGAAUUCUUUCCAUGGUUAUUGUGUUGAUCAUCUUAUUGAGGAGUUGAAGCAGCAGUUUGAUAAAACAUAUACUCAGGAAGUGGUACCUGUGGUUAUUGCUCAUAUGGAAGAUGCCGCCCAGGCUGCCACACUUGACGGAUUUAGAAAAAGCAUUCAGAGCAUUAAAAGUAUCUCUCCUGAGGCAUGUGAUUGGAUUUUGCGAACUGAACCUGAACAUUGGGCAAAUGCACUUUUUGAAGGUUCACGAUACAACCACAAUGUGUGUGGUGUUGCUAAGUCAUUUUAUAGUUGGGUGAGUGAGCUUCCUGCAUUACCAAUACUACAUGUUGUUGAUACUAUUCGCUGUAAUAUUAUGGAGCUGAUGUACAAUUGCAGGGUGGAGUCAAAUCAGUGGCUGACAAGAUUGACUCCAUCUUUGGAAGAUCAAUUGCAGAAAGAGAUUUUCAAAGCACAGUCUCUUCAAGUCUUAUUAGGACUGAGUAGUUCUUUUGAGGUUCACGAUAGUCUGGGUGCAAUGCAUGUUGUGAAUGUUGAUCUCUGGGACUGUAGUUGCAGAGAAUGGCAACUUAAUGGUUACCCAUGUUCCCAUGCUGUGGCUGUCCUUCAACAUAUUGGCAAAGAUUUGUAUGAUUAUUGCUCCAAAUAUUAUACGACUGAUGCGUACCGGUUAACAUAUUCAGAGACAAUUAAUCCAAUUUCAACUGCUGAUAAGCCUGUGCAUAAAGAAUCUACACCUGUUCAAAUACACCCUCCUCCUCUGCUCCAGCAAUAUGGCCCUCCCAAGAGAAGAAGAAUACGAUCGAUAGGUGUUGUCAAGAGGCCUCUUCGCUGCAGCAAGUGCAAUGGAAUGGGGCACAACAAAUCAACAUGCCAUGUAAAUUCAUAGGUGCUGCGUACCAUGUCAUGUUGCAGGCUACUUGUACAGCGCCUGGUGUUAGUCAAUAUGGAGCUAGAGUCCUGAGAUAUAUGGAUGGAGUAGAUGGAUAAUUGAGCUUUAACUUUAAUGUAAGGAUUUGGAGAACUUGUUUUUGGUGGGAUGUGAAUGCCAAAUUUAUUUUUAGCAGAUAUGUUUCUUUUUGUUACCUACCAUCAGCUGGCAGAAAUACUCAUUUUUCUGAUUUGUCAUAGGCCAGGCCUUAUGUUUGUGAUUAGGUUGUAUUCUUUACCUCUAGGUUCCUAUAAUGUUUUGUUUGACUGACUGGUGUAAUGUUUUAUUUUAGCAUUAGCUCUUAGCUCCA